AUGAAGCCCCAGACAUCGCGCCUGCGGGCCUCGUGGCUAGCGUCCAGCACACCCGCAGCGCCGCGGCAGCCGACGCCGGCGCGAUCGCGACCGUCUCCUCGGGGCCCAUCCCUGCUGCUGAGAGCGCAGCCGAGCGAGCGAUCCGGCGACGCGGAGCCCGCUGGCGCGACGCCCGAUGGCACAAGCCCGCCUGCGUCCACAGGAGCGCAGCGCGCCCUGGCGCAGGCCCUCAGCGCACGCGUCGAGCUGCCCGGAGGAUACUACAUGACGCGCAGGGACGUGCUCAAAGUCGGCACGCUCCUCCCGGCGGUCGGCUCUCUCUACGUCGCCGCUUCCCGCGCCAAGACCGACCCGCGGCUCCAGCGGCAGCUCGCGGUCGCGGGCGUCUCCCCGCGGCAGUUCUCAGCCGCCGUAGGGACGCUCAUACAAGUGGGCAUUAUUGCGUUCAUCUGGCGCGAACAGACCUAUUUUUCCAAGGCGAUGUCGUUCGUGAGCCCGCAGGCGGUCCUCAACGCGCUGCUCCCGGCCGCAGCGCCCCCGGGGGUCACAAUGGGCAACACCACCGCCCGCGGCUCCGCGGGCCCGCCCGCCGAGCGCGUCGCGGCGUUCAAGAAGUUCAUCGCGGACCUCGAGGCGUCGGGGCGCAUGCAGCAGGUCCCCGCGUUCCCGCGCGGAGCCGAAUGGUUCAACGUGCCUGCGCCGCUGACGGUCGCGGAGAGCCUGCGCGGCAAGGUGACGAUCCUCGACUUCUGGACGUACUGCUGCAUCAACUGCAUCCACACGCUGCCGGAGCUGCGGGACCUCGAGAGGGAGUACCGGGGCACUGCGGUGGCGGUAGUCGGCGUGCACUCGGCGAAGUUCGACAACGAGAAGGACUCGGAGGCGAUCCGGAGCGCCACGAUCAGGUACGAGAUCGAGCACCCGGUGGUGAACGACGGCAACAUGGUGCUCUGGCGCGCCCUCGGCGUGUCCUCGUGGCCCACGCUCGCGGUCGUGUCCCCACAGGGCAAGCUCAUCUCGCUCAUCCCGGGCGAGGGCCACCGCGAGGACCUCGACGUGUUCCUGACAGCGGCGCUCCAGUACUACGGCGAGCGCGGGCUGCUGGACGCCACGCCGCUGCCGUCCGCGCUCGAGCGCGACAAGGACCCCCGGCUGGCCGCGUCGCCGCUGCGGUACCCCGGCAAGGUCUGCCUGGACCCCGCCGGAGAGAGACUGUUCAUCGCAGACUCCAACAACCAUCGAAUCGUGGUCGUCGAGGCGGCGACGGGCAAGUUCGUGGCGGAGGUCGGCGGGAACGGUGCGGGUCUGGUCGAUGGGCCGGCGGACGAGGCCGCGUUCAACAGGCCGCAGGGGCUGGUGUUCGACGAGAAGAAGAAUGUGUUGUACGUGGCGGACACGGAGGCUCACGCGGUGCGCGUGGUGGACUUCGGGCGCGGCGGGCGCGUGACGACGCUCGUGGGCGACGGCGCGAAGGGCGACGACUACGUCGGCGGCAAGGAAGGGAAGGCGCAGCGCCUAAACUCCCCCUGGGACCUCGAGCUGUCGCCGGACGGGCGCGUCCUGUACAUCGCGAUGGCGGGGCAGCACCAGAUCUGGCGCGCGGACACGCAGACCGGGUUCGCCGCGGCCUUCAGCGGCGACGGCUACGAGCGCAACCGCAACGGCAAGGGCGGCCUCGGAACGUCCUGGGCGCAGCCGUCCGGGCUCUCGCUGUCGCCCGACGGCAGGACGCUGUGGGUCGCCGACAGCGAGUCGUCCUCCGUGCGCACGUGCGCGACGGCGGACGGGUCCGGCGGGCUCGUUGCAGGCGGGGACCCGCUGUUUGCCGACAAUCUGUUCCGGUUCGGGGACCGCGACGGGUUCGGAUCGGACGCGCUCCUGCAGCACCCACUCGCCGUGCGGGCGAUGCCCAGCGGCGCCGUGUACUUCGCAGACUCGUACAACCACAGAAUCAAGAGGCUGGAUCCCGAGACAGCCGAGGUCGUGACGGUCGCCGGCGACGGGUCCGCGGGCUUCGCGGACGGCCGGGGCAGGGCCGCGCGCUUCUCCGAGCCCGGCGGGCUCGCCCUCGCCGCGGACGGCACCCUGUACGUGGCCGACACCAACAACUGCACCAUCCGCAAGCUCUCGCCCGCGGGCGACGUCUCCACGCUCGCGCUCGCCGGCGUGCCGAAGCCCCGCGGCGACCCCUCGGCCUCAGCGACCCCCGCCGCGCAGUCCGGCGGGCCCGCCUCGCCGCCGGCGCCAGCGGGCGCCACGAGCGUCCCCGCCGACGCCGUCACCGCGCGGCGCACGAAGCUCUCCGUCGCCAUCCGGCUCCCGAAGGGCUACCACCUCACCAAGGGGGCGGGGUCGGCCGCGGAGCUCGCACUCCCGGCAAACGGCGCCGUUGCGAAGGGCGCGAAGACCCGCGUACCACUCGCAGAGUCGCGGCCCGACGCGGACGGGUUCACGACCGCGACGGCGCACUUCGAGGCCGAGUUCGGCGCCGGGGGCGAGGGCGCGCUUGCGCGCGUGAAUGCGCGCGUGUUCUACUGCGAAGAGGAGUCGGCGUGUCUGUUCCGCAGUCUGACGUUCGAGUUCCCGGUGAGUGGGGCGCUGGCGCCGGGCGACGGUGCUGCUGCGGGCGCGACGGCGCUCGAGGUGCCCGCGGCGCAGGUGGGGUUCUGA